ACCCAUCAUCUCGUUCUAUCAAUUGAAUUGAAAGUCAUCGCAAUGACAACCCCAGAGAACCCCGACAAAACAACUAUCACAAUUCUCCUCCUCGGAGACCCAGGAUGCGGCAAAUCAACCUUCCUCUCCUCCUUAAAAACUCCCCUUGUCAGACCCUUGCCCUCACACUCAAACAAUCCACCCCCGGCCUCAAUCACGAAGCCAGAAAUCCUCCGCGACACAGGCCAACCUUUCCUCUACGAUAUCCGCUUCUCGCGCAAAUCAUUCACACUCGAGUUCUUCGACACCGCAAGCCCGAAUCAGCAUUGGACGACGCUAAGGCCUGAUGUUGUGGUUCUUGCUUUUGAUAUUUCGGAGAGGGGAGGUUUGGAGGGGUUACGCGGUUGGCGAAACGAAAUAACAUUACAUUUCCAACAUGGCUAUGGCGAGAAAAUCCCCGUUAUGAUGCUCGGUCUUAAGCGGGAUUUGAGAGUUGAGAGUGAAGGUAUUAUUUAUCCGCAGGAGACAUAUCGUAUUGCUCAGGAACUGCGCUGUGAUCGGUAUGCGGAAUGUUCUGCUGUUACAGGGGAGUUGCUUGCGGAGACGUUUGAGGAUAUUUCGAGGAUGGGAGCUAUGGCGAAGGCGGGGAAAGGAACGGAGAGUGACGGGGGGUGUAAUAUUCUAUAGUGGAUUUCUGCUGUUGUUAUGGUUGGUUUUUGUUAGGGCUGGAGUUGGACAUGAUACCCGU